CAUUCAAAUUUCAGGAAAAUCUUUUGCGCACGAUGAUACAAAUCGAGAACACGUUCUUUCAACUGGGUGAAAGUUGUUCGCGGAAUUGCUUGAUUAUCUGUGAUCGUGGUGCGAUGGACGCCUCCGCCUUCAUUUCGAAGGAUAAGUGGGAGCUCAUGAUGGCCUCGAACGGAUGGAAUAAUGUCGAACUAAGGGACAACAGGUACAACCAGAUCAUCCACAUGGUUUCGGCCGCGAACGGUGCUGAGGAAUUCUACUCCACGGAGGAGCACGCGUGUCGCUCCGAGGGUGUCGGACUCGCUCGCGACCUCGACUACAAGGCCGCGGCCGCCUGGGUUGGCCACCCGUACUUCGACGUUAUCGACAACUCGCAGGAUUUUGAGACGAAAAUCUGCCGGAUGAUCGAGUGCGUGUGCCAGAAACUGGGCAUCGACACCGGCGACCGGUUGCGCUCGAGCAGCCGCAAGGUCAAGUUCCUUGUGAAGGCGCCGCUGCCGGCGGACAUCCAGUUCCCGGCUUUCCAGGACUUCGACGUCGUGCAUAAUUACCUCCAGAGCAAUAAUCCUAAGAUGCAGGCUCGUCUACGCAAGCGCGGCCAGAAAGGUCACUGGUCAUACAUUCAUACGCUUCGCCGGCCGAAAAUGUGCGGCCAAGUAAUCGAGGUGAAGACCCAAUUGACGCACCGAGAUUACCUGAAUAUGUUGGCCCAGCGCGAUGACUCGCAUUUCACUAUCUUCAAACGUCGCCGUUGCUUCCUCAUCAAUAAUCAGUAUUAUCAGUUAGACAUAUACAGAGAACCGGCGCAUCCCAGAUGUCGGGGAUUGAUGUUACUCGAGACGUACACGGCAAAGGCGGGCGACGAGCUGAAAAAUAUCUUGCCUCAUUUCCUGAAGAUCGAAAAAGAGGUCACCGGCAACCCGGAUUAUAGCAUGUUUAACCUUAGCUUGCGCGAAGAAUGGAACAGCACCAAUAAAUACUGUCAUGGCAUCGUGCAGUCGCCAGAGAGUCAAGGUAUUCCGAUUUUGAAGAGUAUAACGACCGAAAUACAAAGCAACGGACUCGACAAAGCUAGCGGUGCAUUGGAUUCGAUGAACCGUCAACAGGCGAUCGUCAGCAAAAGCGUUAAUGGCGGUCUCACGAAUGGUAAGGCGACGUUCGCCGAGCGAUGUAAUAUAAACGGCAACGAUCAACAGCCGGAAAUUCGCAAUGGUGAUUCAACCAUGAAGCCAGAGGGUCUGCGGCAAUUGAAGAUUGCUAAACCGCAGAAGAACGGAUUCUAA